CGCGUCCGGCUCUAGCACCGGCUCCGGGUUCGUGCGCAGCUCCCGGCGGGCCCGGGUGCGGGCGCCCGCCGACAUGCGUCCCCUCCUCGGCCUGCUCCUCAUCUUCGCGGGCUGCACCUAUGCCCUGUACUUGCUGUCGACGCGCCUGCCCCGCGGGCGGACCCUGGGCUCCAGCGAGGACGCGGAAGGCAGGUCACUGUCGUUCCCCUCGGACCUGGCUGAGCUGCGGGAGCUCUCCGAAGUCCUCCGGGAGUACCGUAAGGAGAACGAGGCCUACGUGUUCCUGCUCUUCUGCAGCGCCUACCUCUAUAAGCAGGGCUUCGCCAUCCCCGGCUCCAGCUUCCUGAACUUGUUAGCCGGGGCCCUGUUCGGGCCGUGGCUGGGGCUGUUUCUGUGCUGCGUGCUGACCUCCGUGGGUGCCACCUGCUGCUACCUGCUCUCCAGCCUUUUCGGCAAGCAGCUGGUCAUGUCCUAUUUCCCCGACAAAGUCACCCUGCUGCAGAGGAAGGUGGAGGAGAACAGGAACAGCUUGUUUUUUUUCUUGCUGUUUUUGAGACUUUUCCCCAUGACGCCAAACUGGUUCUUGAACCUCUCCGCCCCGAUCCUCAACAUCCCCCUGAUGCAGUUCUUCUUCUCUGUGCUUAUCGGUUUGAUCCCAUACAACUUCAUCUGUGUGCAGACGGGCUCCAUCCUGUCCACCCUCACCUCCCUGGACGCUGUUUUCUCCUGGGAAACCAUCUUUAAACUGUUGGCCAUUGCCUUGGUGGCCUUGGUUCCUGGGACCCUCAUUAAAAAAUUUAGCCAGAAAAACCUGCAAUUAGAUGAAGCAAGCAACGUCAGUCUGUUAACUGUCAGGAAGGACACAUGACCCGGAUGGCAGGGCUCGCUCCUUUCCUGUGUAACGAGUGUGGCCCUCAAAAGCCCUUUUUUUUAAAAAAAAAAUUGUUUUUUUUAAUUGCCCUCUGCUUGGACCCUGUUUGUUAAGUGCAUCAUCUUAUCCCAAAGGACAAGCCGUGUGCUCU